UGUCCAUUCAAGGACAUUAUAGCCUUUCACAUUUGUUUUCUCCUACCCUGUAAAACAACUAUUGUCAGUGAAGCUGAAAUGCAUGAAACAGCAACUAAGUAGCAGGUGGUCACAUUAACACAUCAUCUCUAUCUGAGACUCAUAGGGAGGAGACCAAAUAAAAAAAAAACAGGCUAUGACUGUCUUCCUGUAUAAGCAAAAAGGGCACAUUUAUCAUUACUGCAUGAAGAAACACGGAGCAACAUAUCUGAAGAGUAACUCAAAACUCCAGAAAUUUAGGGUACUGAUCUCUCCCAGCUGUGUUUGACAAAAAGUACCAGGCAAGCAUCCCGACCCUGCAUGUAACCCAGAUAAAAGUACCCCAAAACUCAGUCCUUGCUGCUUCUCAUGCUUGACCCAACUAGCACACACUCUCAUCUGGCAAUCCCAACAGACGUCUAUAUUCUGAAUUAUUUGAGCAUCUGGAAAAGUCCUAUCAUGUAUCACUAACUCAGAAGAACAGCCUGGCACUGCUCUGAAGACCACAAUUGCCCAAAUCAAAACUAUCCUACAAAAGAAGAAAUAAGCAAUAACCCUAACAGGAAAUUUGGAAUAGGCUUCUGUUCCUUUCUGGCAGAAGGAGACAGUACAGCAUUUUUGUACGUGUAUCGACAACAUCAGCAACAGAAAAAGAUGGGAAUAGAAUGGUUUCUAAUGUGCAUAUUACUCUGGUCAACCUUUGGAAUGGUGCACAUUGGUGCCGCCCAAAAGCAGGUGUUUGCUACAGAAGGAAAAGAUGCUCUUUUACCUUGUACUGGCCCAGGUAGAACUAAAGUAUCAUUCCAAUGGUUAUAUGAGACCAGAAGUGUUGUUCAGAUUCAUUAUACUGGAAUGCCUCGAUAUGGAAGUGGAUAUAGUAAUAAUCGGAUUACAACUUUCGACUAUAACAAAGGGAACUACUCCAUAAAGCUAUCAAAACUUACCAUGCCUGAUGGUGGAACCUACAAAUGCACUUCUUAUUCUUCUGAAUUAGAUGUAAUUAAACUUCAUGUCAUAAAAGUCACAUCACCAGACGGAGAACAUUAUCUACACUUAACAGAUGUCAAGUUAAAGUGUGACAUUAAUCCUCCGAUUUCUGAAAACUUAAUAACAUGGUUGAAUCCCAAAGGUGAAAGUGUGAGUAGCUCCAGUAGAUAUCACGUCAGUGAUGGUGAUAAAACUCUGGAUGUCAGAAAUAUACAAAUCCAGGAGAGUGGACAGUGGAGGUGUCGUGUCAAGGAUGCAGAGGCUUAUUACACAGUGCAAGUCUUGGGUAUCAGUGACAGGAGCCAGUCUGUGAUGGUGUACACGUCUGUAAAUCAGUCAGCUAUCCUGCCAUUGGAACUCACCCAGGACAUCAAGAAUUCAAAAUUUGGAAACUUCAACCUGAAGAAAGGAGAGCUUCUGAGAUUAAAAGAAGAAGGAGGACGUAGCACGGCACUGGCUUUACUGAACAACUCACAGCAAAAACUGUUUUGGGAGGAGACUGAUAAAAUUCAAAAUGAAGGUUCAGGACAUAGUUUGUCCAUUCGACUGGUGUCUGCUUCCUUUCAGGAUGCUGGACGUUACAGAUUUCAUCUGACCUUUGACAAGGGAACGUUACAGAAUGAUGUGCACCUGGUCGUCUUGCAAGUCACAGCAAGCCCAGAAGGUAAGAUCGCUGAAAAGGAUACUGUUAAUCUGACGUGCCAAGUGUCAAACAACACACCUCCUUUGAAACUUGUCUGGAAGAAUAUGAAUGACACAAGCAAAAAAGUAGAAGGCCAAGAGGGAGUCAGGUAUCUGACCAUUUCCCUUACCGAGAAGACACAGGAUCAGUUCGAUGUCUGGACAUGCAAUCUAAUGGAAAACUCAGAGGUGAAAGCUAGUGCUGAAUACAAACUAGAGCCAAAGGAGGACAACAGUUUCCUUGGUGGGAUUCCACAGUGGGUUUUCUUCACGGCUGGGAGUCUAGUUUUACUGAUUCUCUUUAUUAUAGGCUGUAUCUUGUUCUGCACUUCUACAAACAACCGCAGACAGAGAAGAGAAAGAAGAAUAUCCAUGAUGAGACAUGUCCUCGACCCACAGCGCACAUGUCAGUGCCACAAGAUGCAAUAUGAACUGUACAGACCCUGAAUAUGGAAAACAUGGAUGUUCAGAAAUCAAAAAGACUCUUUCCUAUACUAGUAUCUUGAAAGUAUUUGCUACAACUGUGUGCAGGACGCCAAGUUCUUUGUGCAGUACAAAGCUCCUGAUUUGGAUCUCCAGAACUUCUUGUCUGCAUUAAUAUAGUAUAAAUGCAUAUACUCCUAUGAAUGCAGUGUCUGUAUUGCUAUACGAAUUAUGUGUAUCUGUGUUUUUGUUGCCUGACAGGAGCUACUUUCUUAUUUUUGUAUCACACGAUCAUUUGAAAGAAACAACGCAUCAGAGAACGAUAUGUGAAAGACGGCAGUAAAACACGAUAAAAUGAGGAUGGAUAUGUGUAUGUACGUCACAGUAUGGACUAACAGCUACAAUUUUGUUAUUGCUCUGGAAUUUGCUUGUCCCCAUGUAAUAUGUAUUUAUUAAUCCUGAAUCCAUCCCAACUCUGGUGGUCAGAUCUAAUAGCAUAAGUGGGAAUAACAAUAAAACUUUAUUUACCAAA